AUGGUAAAACUCGAGCGUACAUCAGGUAUUCUUGUUCAUAUUUGUAGUCUUCCGGGACCUAAUGGUAUUGGAGAUAUUGGUAAUGAAGCAUAUAAAUUUGUUGAUUUUCUACAUGAAUGUAAUCAAAAAACUUGGCAAAUACUUCCAUUAACAGCAAGUGAAAAACCAUCACCUUAUUCUGGUACAUCUGCUUUUGCUGGUAAUCCAAUAUUGAUAAGUUUAGAAAAAUUAGUUGAUGAUGGUUUACUUGUUCAAACGGAUAUUGAAUGUAGUCGACCAAAUUUUGGUGAACAUAUUGAAUUUCGACAAGUAUUUAAAUGGAAAUAUAGUAUUUUAAAUCGAGCAUAUAAUAAUUAUAAAAUAAAUCCUAUAAAAAAAUUUCAAAAUGAAAUUGAUACAUUUAAGAAAAAUGAACAGUAUUGGCUUGAUGAUUAUACACUUUAUAUGGCAAUUAAAGCUGAACAAAAAAAUCAAUCAUGGUCAAAAUGGCCGAAAGAAUUAAAACAACGUGAUAAAAUAGUUUUAGAAGAAAAACGACAAGAACAUGCAGAUAUAAUUAAUGAACAUAUAUUUCUUCAGUAUAUUUUCUUUCGACAAUGGGAACAAUUAAAACAAUAUGCAAAUAAAUAUGAUGUUACAAUUCUUGGUGAUAUGCCAGUUUAUGUUGAUUAUGAUAGUGCAGAUGUUUGGGCUAAUCAAUCAUUAUUUCAACUAGAUAAAAGAACUUCAUUACCAAAAGCAGUCUCAGGGGCUCCACCUGAUGCUUUUAGUGAAACUGGACAAUUAUGGAAUAAUCCAUUGUAUGAUUGGAGAGGUAAUCUACGAAAAACAAAUUUUGACUGGUGGAUUAAACGUUUGAAAAAAUGUUUGGAAACUGUUGAUGUUGUUCGUAUUGAUCAUUUUCGUGGUUUAGAAGCAUAUUGGGCUAUUCCAAUCGGAACCGAUGGAAAACCUUUAUCACCAAUGAAAGGUGAAUGGGUGAAAGCUUGUGGUGAUGAAUUUCUAACAGCAGCAACUAAAGCUCUUGGAGAUAAUUUACCAAUCAUUGCUGAAGAUUUAGGUCAUCUAACACAAGAAGUAUUUGAUCUUCGCGAUAAAUUUGGACUUGUUGGUAUGCGUGUUCUUCAUUUUGCAUUUGCACAUUGGCCUAACAAUAUGUAUUUACCACAUAAUUAUAUUCCAAAUUGUAUCGCUUAUACAGGAACUCAUGAUAAUAAUACAACAAUUGGAUGGUUUCGUCAUAAUAUGAAGGAAAAAGAAAGACAAACUUUAAUUGAUUAUUUACAAAAAGAAGGUGAUCCAGAACGUAAUAUCAAUUGGGAUUUAAUACGAUUAGUUCUUGCUAGUGUAGCUGAUACAGCUGUACUUCUUUUUCAAGAUGUACUUGAUUUGGAAGAAGGUUGUCAAAUGAAUGAUCCAGCAUUUACACCUGAUUAUGAAGAAAAUUGGCGAUGGCGAUUUCAAUGGGAGCAAUUGAAACAAUCUGCAAAAGAUAAACUCAAAUCAUUGACUUAUAUCUAUGGACGACAUUUGCCAGAAGAAGCAUUAGAACGACCAGAUACAGAAGCUGGUGUAGAUGAAAAAACUGAUAGUAUCAAACAACCAAAAGCGUAUUGA